AUGGACUCCGGAAAGACCAACAACGCCCCCGUCUCCCCUACCACCGGCCGCAGACGCAGCUCAGGCACCCUUUUCCAAGGCCUCGUGGAACAGAAGCGUCACGAUGGCACCGCAGCUCGCAGACAAUCAAUGACGGAUUCUAAGCCGGCACCUGGGUUCAUCGGCCAGAUGUGGCAGAACUGGACUCGUGGCCCGAGCCCCCCGAAAUAA